AGGUUCUCAGAAAGUGGAUACUCAGAGUUACCGACAUAUCUCCACCAGAUAAGACAAGCAAAUCCCGGAACUUUCACGCGUUUGGAAGUCGAUGAGUUCCAGAGAUUUAAGUAUUUAUUCCUUGCAUUUGGUGCUAGUAUAAAUGGGUUUCCAUUCUUGAGAAAGGUAGUUGUUGUUGAUGGUACCUUUCUAAAGGGAAAAUAUAAAGGAACACUACUGAUCGCAUCAGCUCAAGAUGGGAAUUUCCAAAUAUUUCCAAUUGCUUUUGCAGUCGUAGAUACAGAAAAUGAUGAUUCUUGGGAAUGGUUCUUCCAGCAGCUUAGUAAUGUGAUUCAGGAUGAUGAAGGACUUGCACUUAUUUCUGAUAGGCACCAGUCUAUUGGUAACGCUAUUAAAAAAGUUUAUCCCAAGGCUAGUCGUGGAGUUUGUACCUACCAUCUGUACAAGAAUAUCUUGCAACGUUUUCGUGGUCGUGAUGCAUUUCGCUUGGUUAAGAAAGCAGCAAAUGCUUUUAAAAUAUCAGAUUUCGAUGCAACAUUUGAUGAAAUAGGAGUGUUGAAUCCAGCACUACAUAGGUACCUCGUAAAAGCUGAUGUUAGAAAGUGGGCUCGUGUGCAUUUCCCUGGAGACCGGUACAACUUAACUACAACAAACAUAGCAGAGUCUAUAAAUAAAGCGCUUUCAGAUGCGAGGAGUUUGCCAAUAGUACGAGUAUUAGAUGCAGUGCGAUCAAUGAUGACGAGAUGGUUUGCAGAUCGGAGGAUGGAUGCAGGAUCAAUGAAGACAACCCUGACUCGUGGCGUAGAGAAACUGUUGGAGAAACGUGUACAACAAGCUAAGCUCUAUAAGGUGCAAGCAAUAGAUGUACACCAUGCACAAGUGACAUGUGGUAUGUCUUUGAAUGUAGUAAAUCUGAAAGAGAAAAAAUGUUCGUGUCGUCGUUUUGAUGUGGAGAAGUUACCAUGUGUGCACGCCAUUGCCGCAGCUGAAGCACGUAGAAUUUCUCCCAUAUCAAAAUGCGAUCCAUACUAUCACAAGAACUACUUUUACAAUGCAUACUCCACUUCUGUAAUGCCAAGGGAUGCUGCUUCACCUGUUUCCGAAGAUGUCGCCUCUAAAGUGUGUUCACCUCCCAUAGUACGCAAUCCGCCAGGUAGACCUAAGAAUUCAAGAAUGAAAUCAGCAUUGGAGAAAGCCACAGCUAAAAAGCGGCCUCGUAAAGAAUACACAUGUUCUCGAUGUCAUAGAGUUGGUCAUAAUUGUAAGACAUGUAAGGCUCCUAUUGAAGUUUAG